AUGGUCGCAGCUUAUCAGUUUCCUGCCUACACCGAUCCGCAAAUUUCUACCAAGAGUGCCGGCCCAGGUGACAUCUCGGUAGAUCCUCUCGACUUAAGCCCCUUCCAAGCCGAGACCAUGGCCUCUCAGCGCACUCCCGAGGUCACCUUUCACGAUGACCUGACCAAUACACCCACCAGACAGCCUUCUCUUCAGCCCAUCCAUGUAGGCGUUCCUAUUUCAGGUAAUAUGAACAAGGUGCUACGCUCGGCGACGGUAGGCUACGUAGCGCCCGAAUUUAAGGGCAAGAUGGGCCAGAGAGAUGAAGUUAAGGAACAGAUCCGGAAAAGUGGUCUUCUCCCCGAGUCGGCCUUGGAUACGGAGAUUGCCUGGUUUUAUGAGGCCCUCGGCAUCGAUGAUGUUUACUUCCAACUAGAAAGUGUCGGCACAAUUGUUCGCAUCAUUAUCGCCCUCUAUGCCGCCAAGAUUACCUCCAUGGCCCACCGAGAAAAGAGACAGGAAAUCAGAUUAGACAUGGAAGCAACCGAUCACGCCAUCUACAUUGAUACGAGUGAGCCGGGCAUCAGUCGAAUAGAUGGGCCGCACUACGAACAUCGGCUCGAGGCCAAAUACCUCGAUAGCUCGACCUUGUCAAAUUCAUGCUACCGAGUAGAAACUUUCAGAUCUACGACCCAUGUAACUUCAAACGGUCUCUCGGAUGCUACAAUGCGCUGUUAUUUUGUCUAUCACUGCCAAUUUCUCAAUCCAAAUCCCUCGCCCCAAGAAACUCGUCUCGAUAUCAUUGGUGAUCGCAUGUUUCUCGCCAAAGCCACCAAAAAUACGCUACAGAUCUAUCAAAGUAUCAUUGAAUUGGCAGUCUCGCGAACUGGGCCAGUCAUCGAAGUCUUUGACAUUGAAAAUUCUAGCGAGAAGCGGGUCGUUGUCGCCUUUCGUCGACGAACUGCCCUCGGUAUCUUUAGUGCCCUCUCAGAUCUUUACCAUUACUAUGGCGUCACUAGCUCUCGCAAAUAUGUCGAACAGUUUAGCAACGGAAUUUCCAUUAUUUCUCUUUACCUGAAGCCAGCCCCCAAUCUCGAUGCUACCAAAUUCCCCCCCUUGUCCUCCUCCAUUCACCAAAUUACAAAGGAAAUAUCCUUACUUUACUGCAUACCGCAGAAUAAGUUCCAAUCACUGUUCGUCAGUGGGCAGUUAAGUCUCCAGGAGGCCAUCUAUGCCCACUGUCACUUGAUCUUUGUACAGCACUUCUUGAAUCGUCUCGGCUCCGAGUACUCAUCAUUAGUUUCCGCACUAGAUCCGUCCAACAACCUACACACAGAGAUACUUGGAAAUAUUAAGAGGCGCCUAAGAACCGAGACAUUCACAGCAGACUAUAUCUUGGACAUUAUUACCCUCUACCCGGAACUCGUGCGAUCGCUCUAUGCAUCCUUUGCCAGCACCCAUCUAACCUGGUCCCAUGGCUCUAAUGGAGAAAAAGAUACCACUCGCCAUAUCCCAGAGAGUCUCUCCGACAACGAGUUACGCGAACUGAUUACCAAGAGCUGUCAAAAUGAGCACGAAGAGUUAGUCAUGAAUGCCUUUCGAACAUUUAACAAUGCUCUCUUAAAAACUAAUUUCUACACCCCUACAAAGGUUGCUCUUAGCUUCCGCUUGGAUCCAUCAUUUCUCCCAAAAAUCGAAUAUCCUCAGCCCCUCUAUGGCAUGUUCCUCGUCAUUGGCUCUGAGUUUCGAGGAUUUCAUCUAAGAUUUCGGGAUAUUGCUCGAGGAGGUAUUCGGAUCGUUAAAUCGAGAAACCGCGAAGCAUAUUCCAUCAAUGCACGCCGAAUGUUUGACGAGAACUACGGACUAGCCAAUACACAGCAGCGCAAGAAUAAAGACAUUCCUGAAGGUGGCUCGAAAGGAGUCAUCUUGCUGAAUGCACAACAUCAGGACAAGAGCCGGGUUGCCUUUGAAAAGUAUAUUGAUAGUAUUGUUGAUCUCCUCAUCCCUGCAUCUUCGCCUGGCAUUAAAAAUCCAAUUGUAGACUUGUAUGGUCGACAGGAAAUUCUUUUCAUGGGGCCCGAUGAAAAUACAGCAGACUUGGUUGAUUGGGCUACAGAACAUGCCCGAAAGCGAGGCGCUCCAUGGUGGAAGUCAUUCUUCACUGGCAAGAGCCCCAAGCUCGGAGGAAUCCCUCACGACGCCUAUGGCAUGACGACCCUCUCCGUGCGCGAGUUUGUAACGGGAAUAUAUCGAAAGUGUAAUCUCGAUCCCAGUCAGGUUCGCAAGAUGCAAACCGGCGGUCCAGACGGAGACUUGGGAAGCAAUGAAAUUCUCUUGAGCAAUGAAAAGUACACCAGCAUUGUAGAUGGGAGCGGCGUACUAGUUGAUCCGCUUGGAAUUGAUCACGAGGAACUAAUCCGCUUGGCAAAGCAGCGUGCCAUGAUAUCUCAGUUUGAUACCAGCAAGCUUUCCCAAGAGGGAUACCGCGUGCUCAUUGAUGAGAAUGAUGUAAAGCUACCGCACGGUGAGGUUAUUAGUAACGGUACAGUCUUUCGUAAUACCUUUCAUCUCCGAAAGACAGGCCUGACGGACUGCUUCGUUCCAUGUGGCGGUCGGCCCGAGUCUAUUGAUUUAACGACGGUCAAUAAAAUUAUUCAGAAUGGGAAAUCAACCAUUCCCUAUAUUGUUGAGGGCGCGAAUUUAUUCAUUGCCCAGGAUGCCAAAAUUCGCCUGGAAGAGGCUGGCUGCAUCCUGUUCAAAGAUGCUUCGGCUAAUAAAGGUGGCGUGACCUCUUCCUCGAUGGAAGUACUCGCUAGUUUGAGUUUUGAUGAUGAAGGGUUUGAAGAACAUAUGUGCGUUGAUGCGAUGGGAAAUGCUCCUGAAUUCUACAAGGCCUAUGUCAAGGAAGUCCAGGGAAAAAUUCGAGAAAAUGCUCGACUGGAAUUCGAGGCGAUUUGGAGGGAGAGUAAGGAGACGAAAGUGCUGAAGAGUAGGCUAUCUGAUACUCUGAGUAUAGCCAUUACCAACCUAGACGAGGAACUUCAGAUGACGGAACUCUGGAACAAUAAUGAGCUCCGUAGAUCUGUUCUUGCUGAUGCCUUGCCAAAAUUGUUAUUAUCGAAAAUUGGAUUGGACCUGAUUAUUCAGAGAGUUCCGGACAGUUACCUCCGUGCGAUAUUCGGAAGUUAUCUAGCAAGCCGCUUUGUUUACAAGUAUGGUAGCUCGCCAUCCCAAUUCGCCUUCUUUGAUUUCAUGUCGAAACGAAUAUCUAAUGUUCUGUAA